AUGGCUAUCAUCAGUCACCUGGACGUCAGCAUCCAAGCAGAUGGCAAGCCUCUCGAAGAGCGCGAGGACACUUCCACCGGCGAAAGCGACAACAGUAAUAUCACGAGAUACAUUCCGUCAAAGAGCGGCCAACUCUUCGCGGUCCUCAUGCUCGUUCCUUCUGAGGAACAUUUUAAGGGCGACAUCAUCUGCUGCGACAUCUAUGUCGACGGUACACGCGUGGACACCCAGUUGCUGCAGAAAGGCAGCCCGCUCUUGGAAGAGAUCAGCAGUGGUCUGACUCUUCCCGAUGGCACCGAGCGACCAUACCAGUUCUCCGACAUCGCUAUCGUGGAGCACGACCCGGCAACGAGAGCUGCGAGCGAUAUCAACCAGCACAAGGACGUCGGCAAGGUGGUCAUCAAGGCUUAUCACAAGAACCGAGGGGAGGCGAGCAAUCUCUACGUGGACCCUAGAGGCUGGAACGAGAUCAAUGUGGUGGAUGAGAAGGCGUUGAAGGGCCAGUCAGUGUCUCACAAAGUCGGAUUGGCACCGCCUGUCGAUGUCYCGGGACGCUCUGUCUAUUGCAAGAGCACCUUCCUUAAUAGCGAUAACAAGCCAUUCGCGGUGUUCACCUUUCUGUACCAAAAGCUGAACGAAAUCUUCGUUCCCACGCCAGCUGCCAGCCCGGAGCCCGAGCAGACUACAGAGGCCCUCAACGAGCGGAUCAGGGAGUUAGAGCGCCAAUUGAAGGAAGCACAGCCUACUACAGAGCUGAUCAGAGGUAUCAAGCGUGAGCGCACUGAGAACGAAAACACCGACGGACCAGUGCGCCAGAAACGCCGUCCGGUUGUGACCACGUAUCUGGCCAUGAACGACGACGACGAGAGCUUCGUGGUGGUCGAGGGUCCCGUCAAUCCAGGCCAGCCUGCCACUCAGCUUGAUGACUGA